AUGACUAUCUUGAAUGUAAGCAAUAGCAAGAAACCUGUUCACUUGAAAGGUCAGUUGGUCGAUACUCAAACCAGAUGUAGACACUACCAUUCAGCAUUGGACAUUAUUGCAAUAAAGUUCAAAUGCUGUGAUAUUUAUUUUCCCUGUUACAAGUGCCACCUAGAGUUGGAGAGCCAUGAUAUCAUACGAUGGAAUAAGCUAGAUCUUAAGGCUGAAAAAGUUAUUCUCUGUGGUUCCUGCUCCAAUUUACUUUACUAUCAAGAAUACUCAGCCAAUGAUAAUAAGUGCUUAUAUUGCAGCAGUGAUUUCAAUCCUAACUGCAGUCUUCACUACGGCUUAUACUUUGAUAUAUGA